GUCUCGUCGUCGGCGUGCCCGAUCCCACAUCCUUGAUUGAAUAAAUAGAAAAAACUCCUACUCCUACAUCUACUGCUUCCUCCUCUCUCGCCCUCUCGCAUGACCCUGAGAUCCUCUCUCUCGACCUUUUUUCGUGCCGUCCCUUCUAAAACACCUUCAUUCGCUUUGCCAACAUCCGCAAACAUGACCAGCUGGUUCAGCAAACUGAACCCCACGCCGUCUUUCCCGCCCUACACCGGCCCCUACAAAGUCGGAAGCACGCAUGUGGAAAUUCCUGUCGCGGAGUUAGAGUCUCCUGCGACUUCGCCGGCGCCAAAACCCGAUCUCUCGACCGUUGCGUUCCGCGUCUUCUAUCCCUGCCAGCAGGAUUCACAGCAGAGGGGCGUGAGAUGGAUACCAAGCCCGCAGAGGGAAUACGUGGGAGCAUAUGCGAGAUUUCUAGGGGCGAAUAAUGCAUUCGCGCAUAUAUUUUCGGUCGUCCCGCAACUACUCUACUACAUCUCGAUUCCCGUACACCACAAUGCCGAAAUUCUCGAACCGACGACAAAUUCAAAGCGAUGGCCGGUCAUGUUUUUCUCACAUGGUCUGGGCGGGUCGAGAAAUGCAUACUCGCACAUUUGCGGUUCGUUGGCAAGCCAUGGAAUCGUGGUGGUGGCGCCAGACCAUCGAGACGGCAGCGCUCCGAUCUCCUUUGUACGAACGCCCGGUGCGCCGCAAAAGCUUAAGAAAGUGGACUACUUGAGAGUGCCACAUCAGGCGUCUACAGAGGUCUACGAAGCCCGAGACGAACAGCUCCGCAUACGACUAUGGGAACUCGGCCUCAUCCACGACGCGCUCCUCAAGAUUGACACUCGUGUGGCGCUCAGCAACAUCGCGGAAGAUCAAGCCCACCACAACAUGCUCGUCCAGUUCUCCAACAAGCUCGACAUCCACACCCCAGGAUCCAUAGCCUGGACCGGCCAUUCCUUCGGCGCAGCAACGAUGAUCCAAUUCACGAAAUCCAUCUUCUACCGCCAGGACUCCACCACACCCUCAACCUACCGCCCACUCUACGUCCCCUCCCCCAACACCCCUCUAACCCAGCAAAUCACCUCAACAUCCCCUCUAACCCUCCUCGACCUCUGGGCCCUUCCCCUCCAAUCCCCCUCAACAACCUGGCUGAAGUCCCAACCAAUGCCGUGCUACACGCCCGGCGGGCCAGGCGGCUCAACUCUCCUCUCCAUCCUCAGCGAAGCCUUCUACAAAUGGUCCACCAACCUCCAGCAGACCCUCUCCAUCCUCUCAGCGCCCCAAAAGAGCGACUCCUCCGUCCUAGGCGCACACAUAUUCUAUCCGACCUCCUCCGCCCACCUCUCGCAGUCAGACUUCGGCACCCUGUUCCCCUGGGUCACGACCAAGGUGUUCGGCGUCAAGGAGCCCCAGCGCGUCAUGAAACUCAACGUGCGCGCCAUCCUGCAGCUGCUCCGCGACGCUGGCGUCGAGGUUGCGGAUACCAGUGCCGCGGACAUGGAGGUCGACGGUCUGGGAGGGGAGAAGACGGGCGUGGAUAAGAUUCUGCUUACUACUGAGGGACACGCUAUUAGGGACUGGAUUUCGCUGCGGAGUGACGACCUCAAGGAUGUAGCGAACGGGGGGAAGGUGGAAGGGGGUCCUCUUGAGGCGGCGGUGGAGACGGAGGUGUUGGGGGAGGUCGCGAGGGAUAAGGGGUCGUUGUAGGAUGCUCUGUUCCCACUGUCUGCGAGUUUACCUCUUGCUGUUGGUGAUGAUAAAUUCAGAACUUGUUUUUCAUGGUUUAGGGCGUUAUUGAUCUGGACGGGCAUACCACGCAUUCCUACGGAAGUAUACACGAUUUCAUGCAUGGCAUUGUUUUCCUGUUUCUUUUAUUUGCCUUUUAGAUUUUUCAUGGUGUUCAUGGUAAUGUAUCUUGGUAUAGCAUAGCGCAGCGUACAUACGAACUUACAUAGAACACAACGAC